AUGCACCAACCCAAACCCGGAGAUUUUAUCCACGCGGUUGGCGCUAUUCUUCGUGCCACCCCGGAAAUCCUGAGCCUCGCGACAGAGAUCUGGUUAUUGGCCACUCGGAUGGACCACGCAUACCUUCAAAAUCACCACGACUCGGUCGGAUUACUCCUCGAAUGUUACCUCCAAGCCGAUGCCCAGUUGAAGAAACAGGUAGAAAUACAUUUCGAAAGGGUUCUGUUCUCGUCCUCGCAGGAAGUUUCACGCUCUGUAGUGGAAGGUAUCAUCCGCCUCGCAACGCCAAAGCAAGUUUCCUGCUAUACACUUCGGAGUCUCCUCAUCUUUUUCCUAUGGCUUCCAUCCAGGUAUCCUGCAGAAUUUUUCCAUCUCUCGUUGGCUCAUGACGGUCUGCGAUGGACAAGUUAUGUCAUUGCGAAACUUGCAUCACCCAAAAAGUACUGCGGAGACAGCUUCCUCGACAACAUCGCGAUAUGCAUCACGAAGUGUAUACAAUUCAUUGUCAAGUGUAUCCGCUUUGAUUCGAGUACAGCUGCCAGAGCCCUGGAAGAGGAUAUUAUCCUAUCAAUGUUCAAAUCUCGCGACGUGAUUUUGGAGGACGCGGAAGUCCGAGGUGUCGGCGAACUAUGA